UCGCUCAUUCCCUCCAUUUUUAUUGUAAAAGUUACAUGUUUUGUUUUUUAUGAUCUGGUUCGAAUUUUAAACAUUUCACCAAUUUUACUAUGGUAUACUAAUACUUAUUCAUUUAUCAGAAAAUGGAAGAUAGUUUUAUUUCCACAGAUGAAGGAUGUAGCUCAUCGAGCAAAGUUCUGGAAACUCAGUUAGAGGUUUUAGAAAACACAGUGGUUAUAUCAGAUGAUUUCACACUGUAUGAUGUAUUGCAAAAAUUUAAAGAACAAGUGAGAAAUAUGAAUAUUAGAGUAAGCCAGUUAGAUCAAUAUUUGAAUUUAAUCAAAAAUCCAGUUAAUCCGGUCAAGAUUACUCAGCAAGAAAUCUUAAAGAUUAAACAUAAUAUAAUCAAUGGCAUUACAAGUUUAUUAAAGGAACUUAAACCGCUAAAUUAUCCUGGAUUUCAAUGUUUGAGUUCAGUAAAACUACUAAAAGUUUAUGAUAAAUUAUCUGAAGAAUUUAAAUUAUAUUUGAACAAUGUUAAGCAAGACAAUGAAAAUUCAAAAAAUCAAAUUGAACGAAUCAACUCUUUGGCAAUACUUUUAAAAGAUUUCAAAGAAGAAGUUGACACUAUAAUAGAGAAAAAUAUUAUAAAUGAAGACGUAGAAAAUGAAAUCGCAAAAGAAUUUAAAGAAUGUAAAACAAACAUGUACAAUUUGCUGUCACAAGCCGAUUCAUUUAUGACAAUAAAAGAAGCUUUAAGUCUUUUGGUUGAAUGUAACGACGAAGAUGAUGAAGAUGCUUGGCUGAACACUGAAGAUAUGCCUCACAUAGUUCUGCAGUGCCUAAAAUUGAAAAAGAAUGGGUUUGUUGUACAAAACGAAAAAAAUAAGCACCUUUUUAGAUUAAAUGUUUAAAUUAUAAAUUAAAGUUAUCGUUUUUAACUUUUAUUUAACAUUUUAUAUCAACAGUAAUUAACUCAAAAAUAUGUACAUAUAUAUAUUAGCCCUUCAAAUAAACUUAUGGGUUACAUUCGAAUUUAAUUUAAAUUAAUAUGAUACACCUUCUAGUGAAUUAUAAUGUCAUUAUAUAAUAUACCAACAAAAAAAAAGUUAUGACCAAAAGCUGUAAAAUUUUGUACAUGCAUGUAAAAGCAAUAGCAAAUUGUUUUAAUAAAAACCUACAUUUU